AUGGUUUCGCUACUCAUGAUGUCAGGAGAUAUGACCGAUGCCAUGGUAUGCGCGAGGAGGUCUGAGGGCGGUGAACUUCUUAAGAAUGACACUUACCGAGCGGUGAUUGAGACAUUGAGGUCUUUGCCACUCAUAUUAAUUCUAAGAGAAACCUUCGGACGUGGACAGGUGGAAGUAGUUGGGAAGCUAUGGAUGUGGAUAUGCAUCUGGCUUUUGAGGUGGACGUGCCACUGGCAGUGGCAUAAUGUUCCACAGCGAACGGAGCUCCAGAUAUCCCUCUUGCCUGUCAAAAAGAAGUCACUGUGGGAUUGUAACAGGGCAACGGAAAUGAAAGGGAAGAUCAAGCGAUGCGGAAGAUGCAGUAAGGGUCUCAGCAACCGAGGAACUUUGUGUGAUUAUCGAGGUGCUUUAUGGUCACCAAUUUCAUUAAGACGAAUUGAACUACUGGGAUUCCUGAAAGGCGCCGCCAAAAUAGAAACGACUGUCUUCCUUCACCCAAGGUUGGCCUUGAGGAAGACUCUAGCUAUGCUACCCGGCUCUGAACGAAGACAAAGCGGUUGGUCUACCUGUUUGAUUGGCAAACUUGCCAUAUGGAUCACGAACCAUUCAAGUCAUGCGUAUCAAGAAGCAGCACUGACCCUGGAACGGUGAACUGGACCCUGGAUAUCUGACAAGUCUUCUUUCUCGUAUUGCAUUGGUCUGCCUAAUAGAAAUCGCUUGUGCCGAAUAGUGCUUGAAAAUAUCUUCCAUGACACAAAUCCAAGCGGGACAGACAUCCACUGACGGUAAAAAUCACUAUAAAGACUGACGAUCUUGUACCCAUAGGUUCCUCAUCUUGACGUUCACAAUAUGGAUCCGACAACCCCUAUUAUGCUUCCCACCGUCGCCCACAACACCGCUCCUGACUCCGAGCCCUCACAAUUCAUUUUACCUGACCUCAUCAAUGAUUGUCACUAUCCCUUGCGAAAGAACCCUCACUGUUAUGCGGUGUCCUGCGCAUCUGAUCAAUGGCUUAUUGACGUGGCGCGACUCGCAGAACAUGAGCUCAGAGGGUAUAUCGAAAUGGACGCG